UUAUAUUUAUUUUGUAGAUAUCAUCAGUGAUUUGUCCGAUUGUAUUCUGAUACACAUACUGUCUUUUAUGGAUGCACAAGAGGCCGUUCAAACUUGUAUUUUGUCCAAAAGAUGGAUUAAUGUUUGGAAGAAACUUCAUAUUCUUACAUUAUUAGAUUAUUCAGAAUUGAGUGGCAAACUUUUUGAACAUUUUGUUUUUAAGUUUCUGUCUCUUCGGGAUGAUCAGACUGAUAUUCACUCCAUCCUACUUCACCCCCCAUUUUUAAGAAAGGAGUGCAACAAAUUAGUUUAUCAUAUUUUGAAAUAUGCUUUUUCACACCAUGUUCAACACUUGCUUAUAAAAUUCAUAUGUUUUAAGCCUAAUUGCUUUUCCUUUUCAUGUCCUACAUUAAAGUCACUUGAACUUACUAGUGACCAUUUAAUUAGUGGUGUGAUUAGUAUAUUUCCAAAUUCCCUUAAUUUUCCAGCACUAACCACCCUCUCUCUAAGCCACUUUACUUUUUUUUCCAAUGAAGAUGGUUGUGCUGACCCAUUUUCCACAUUUAACAUGUUGAAUACUUUGAUCAUUCAUCACUGUCAGGUUUUGCAUAAACGUCACCUAUGUAUAUCAAAUGCCAAACUUGAAAAUUUAUCUAUAACUAUGUGUUACUAUAUGAUUUCCAGAACUUAUUUUGAAAUUGAGUUAUAUGCUCCAAGUCUUCGUACCUUUUCUUUUAAGGGUAAUCAUAUUUCAAAACUUUUUGGCAGCAAGAGCUUUUCAUCUUCUAUCAAACAGUUAAAAAUUAAUAUAAGGUGUUUUGAAAACAUUGGGAAGAACUAUUGGAUUUUACUCAACUGGCUGGAGCAAUUUGCUAAUAUCGAGUCAUUAAUGGUUGAUACAUAUACUCUUGAGGUUCUUUUUCUUGAUUUAUUAAAAGUUAAUCCACCUUCCCUAAUUAAUUUGAAGUCACUCAAAAUAGAAACAUCCGACGUUUCAUAUGUGUGCAGAUAUGAUGAAGAGAUAAACUUUUUGCUUCAAAACUCACACUCAGCAAAUGUUGAGAACAUUAUUGUAGAUGCCUUUGAUUAUUAA